AUGUGGAUCAAAGAAAUCAUUAUCGAGGGCUUCAAGUCUUAUGCAUAGAGGACAGUAAUAACGAGUCUCGAUCCAGAAUUCAAUGCCAUUACUGGAUUGAAUGGUUCAGGCAAAUCCAACAUUCUGGAUGCAAUUCUCUUCUGUUUGGGAUUGAGCAAAGAAUACGAUACACUUCGUAUUAAGAAAUUGCAAGAGUUGAUUUAUAAGAAUGGAGCAGCAGGGAUAACUAAAGCUGAAGUAACAAUUGUGUUUGAUAAUCGCAACAAAGAGUAGAGUCCAUUGGGAUAUCAGGAUUGUGACAAGAUAACAGUAACCAGAUAGAUUACAGCUGAUAAAUCCAAAUAUUUCAUUAAUGGCAAAUCUGAAACCCAGAAGAACUUCAAAAAUAUGUUCAGAUCAGUUCAAUUGAACAUAGAUAAUCCUCAUUUUUUGGUGGCAUAAGGCAGAAUAACUAAGAUUAUCAACCUUAAACCGUAAGAACUAAUAAGUAUGUUGGAGGAAACAGCAGGAACUUCGUUGUAUAAUGAGAAAAAAAGAGAGGCUUAGAAAUUAAUUUAGAAGAAAGAGGAGAAGCUAAAAUAAGUAAAUGAAAUCAUUGAAACUGAAAUCUAACCUCAGAUGCAGAAAUUGACUGAUGAGAAGAAUAUAUUCUAAUUAUGGAGAGCUUAAGAAGCAUAAAUCUUGGUUUUGAAGAAGGAUCUAUUUAGUUAUGAUUACUAUUAGAAGGCUAAGACUUUGAGAAUGAAGAAAAACGAUUUGCAAAUUGUGAACGAAUAAAUUAGUAAUCAAGAAGAGAAGAUGAGGUACGAAAAUGCUGAAAUAUCUACUAUCUAAGAGAAAAUACAGAGUUUGUAAGAGUAGAAUAGGAACAAUAAAUACGAUCAAAUUACAGAAAAAUACAAGGAAAAAUAAAAGUUAAGAAAUUAAGUGUAAAAUACUAGAAGGCAAAAAGAAACUAUAGAGAGUGAGAAGAUCAAAUUAGAACAUGCGUUAAGAACAUAUCAAACUGAUAAGUAGAGAACAGAUUAGAAAGUAGAAAUAGCUGAUCGACAAUUAAAGUAAGUGUCAGAUGAAUUGAAAGAGAAGAAAGAGCUCUUGGAUGAGUAAAUGGGAUAACAAAACUCAUCCGAAGAUGGUAAUAUUGCUUAGAAUGGUAAAUAGAUGAUUUAAAGGUAAAUUAAUGACACCAUUUCUCAUAUAGAUUCUAACAGAAAAGAUCUAGAACAAGUAACUGAACGUUUAUAGAAACCCAUUUAUGAAAUAGAUGUAGAAAGAAAGCCACUAGAUCUAAGAAACUAAAAAUUGAGUUAUUAAAAGAAAAAGAAUAGAGUAAAGCGAAUUGGAGAUCCAAAAUUAUUGGAUUUGAAAUCAAAUAGAGGAGAUUUAGAUUAAUAACUAUUAGAGAUUAAGAAGCAAAUAUCAUAAUCCUAACCAUUUAUAUUUCAAUUGAAUUUGUCAAGGAUGAAGGAUUGGGAUUAGAAUAGGGUGUAUGGUAAAUUGUUCAGUUUGUUCGAACAUUGGAAUUUUGGUGCUGGAGCAAAGUUAUAAAAUAUAGUUGUUGAUGAUUCUACUACCUCCACAUACUUGUUGAAGAAUAAUGUAUUACAAACUCAUUCCUAUAUCAUUCCAAAUAAAGAAAUUCAAUCUAGCGAAGCCAAGAGGGAAUUCGUUUAGGCAGCAGCUCAAAUUGCAAAGGAAAAUGAUGGAUUUGCUAAACCAGCUAUCGAUUUAAUUUCAUUCUCAGAUAAAGUGAUCAACUCUAUGAAAUUCGUGUUUGGAAAUUUCAUCAUUGCUUCAUCCAUGGAUAUUGCAAGGAAGAUUGCCUAUCAUCCUUCUAAUGUUUAAAAAUGCAAGGUUGUUACUAGGGAUGGUGAUAUUGUUGAUCCAUCUGGUACUUUGACUGGUGGUUAUACUAAUGAAAAAGCAUAAUUACUACCGAAAUUUAAGUAAUUCAAUAAAUGGAAUCUAGAAUACAAAGAAAUCCAAGGCUAAAUUGAUAAAAUUGAAUCAUAAAUAGAGAAGAUUAAGUAAGACAUUGAAUUCAAAGAACAACUGAAUAGAGAGAUUACACAAGAUAAAUAUCAAUUAGAACAGUUGAUGAUCAAAUAAAGAAAGAGCAAUCAAUUCAAUUUUUAAACUGAAUAGAAUAAGUAUCUUAAUGAAAUCUAAGAUCUGUAAGUUGAGUAGGAUAGACUCAAAAAAUAAAUUAAGGAAGGAGAGGAUAAAUUAGUGGAAUUGAAAAAAGAGUUAUAGUUAAUUCAGUAGGGUAAGAACACUAAGGAAUUGAUUUAAGCAUAGAUUGAUAGGACGAAAAAGGAAAUUAAUAAAUUAAAGCAGUAAAUAGAUCAAUAAAAGAAAGAGUUGAUUGAGAAUCAAGUGGAGAGCCAAAAUUAUGAAUAGGAAAUCACUAAGUGUAUUAAGAAGAUCAAGGAGGAAACCAAUAAUUUGGACAAAACUUCGGUUGCAUUGGAGUAAUUAACCCAUGAAUUAAAUGGAAACAAAGAUUAGUACUUAAAAAUAACAGAGGAAAAGAAUUUGUAUGAAAGCAAAAAUGCUAUACAUAAUAAUUAAAUGACUAGAUUGUUAGAGUAGUUGUAGGAAAGGUAGAAGUAUUUGAAUUCUACAGUUGAACAGUUAAAUGGACAUUAAAAUGAAUUGAAGAAAUUAGAAAGAGAACAACAUGAUCUGAAAUAGCAAUUGAAAUCAUUAGAAGAUCAAUAUGAUUUUAUUAGAUAAGAUAAAAAUGAAUUAUCUUAAGAUCGAUUAUCCGAGAAAUUCAGAGUUCUAGAGACAAUGGAAUAUGAAAAAACUAAAUAAUAGUUCUAAAGAUUGGAACAUGAUUAAGGGAAAUUGGGUAAACAAGUGAAUUUUAAGGUUGAAGCUAUGACUGAAUAAGUGGAAAAAGAAUUCUAAUCAUUAAAAGACAAAAAGUUGAUUUUAGAAAAUGAUAAGUGUAUGCUUAUUCAAAACAUGGGAGAGUUGGAUGAUAAGAAAAUUAAGACGAUUGAAAAGUGUUUUUUGGAAGUGAAUAAGGAUUUCUCAUCCAUUUUCAGUUCGUUGUUACAUAAUGCUUAGGCUAAAUUAGGUAGAUUGGAUGGAUUAUCGAUUGAGGAUGGAAUAGAAAUGAAUGUAUCGUUUAGUCAUCAAUAGAAAAAUCUAUCAGAGUUGAGUGGAGGAUAGCGAUCUUUAUUGGCCCUAUCAUUUAUACUUGCUCUAUUAAAAUAUAAGCCUGCUCCAUUUUAUAUUUUAGAUGAAGUGGACAGUGCUUUAGAUUUAUCACACACAGAAAACAUUGGUUAGAUGUUAUCAUAGAAUUUCAAGUAAUCUCAAUUCUUACUGAUUUCAUUGAAAGAGGGUAUGUAUCAAAAUGCAAAUGUUUUGUACAAAGUUCAAUUUGUAGAUGGUGUAAGUAAAAUUGAUAGACAUGAACUAAAAAAGAAGAAAUAAUAAUAAUUAAAAUGA